UACUUUGUUGCAAACAUCGUCCAAAAGUUACGAACUUGUAACUUUAGUCCGCUCCACGCACUUUCUUCAUGAGCGGGAUCAAAGCGGGCAAUCCUGAGCGGCAAGAUGGGCUCAUUUUGCCCUCUCGGGUAGCCAAUCAGAACACAGGAUUCCCUUCACAUUGCCCUUCGUUCCCCUUCCUUCAUUUUGUUCUGAUGGCAAAGAAAUCUACGCAACCAAGUGACCGUGAGCUCUUUGAUUCGUUUUUCCCUGGACUGAUCGAUGAUAUUGUGAAAGAGGACGAGAAUGAUAAGGAAACCGGCGAGGCAGCUCGACAUUUGCGCAAGGUACUGGAGUAUAAUGUUCCUGGAGGAAAAAAAAAUCGUGGCCUCUCUGUGAUUGGAUCUCUACGGCACCUUAUUAGUCCAGAUAAGCUGAAAGAAAAAGCUAAGAAGAAUGCAGUUAUACUUGGUUGGUGUGUGGAGUGGGCUGGAAUUGGGGAUAUUGCUAUCAAUGACUUUCUCCUCAUAGAGGCCUCAAUAUACAAACUGCUAAAGAAACAUAUGGAUCAAGAACCAUAUUAUGUUGAUGUUUUGAAUCUAUUUCAUGAGGUUACAUAUCAAACUGCAACUGGACAAGCAUUAGACCUCAUCACCAAGCCGGGCGAAAAUUUUGAGAAUUUUACCUUAGAAAGAUACAAGGCCAUUGUGAAAUACAAGACAGCAUAUUAUUCCUUUUACUUGCCAGUUGCUUUGGCAAUGUAUAUGGAUGACUAUCUGGACUGCUAUGGGGACCCUGCGGUUACAGGAAAAGUAGGCACAGAUAUUGAAGAAAAGAAAUGUUCUUGGCUGAUUAUUCAAGCUCUUCAAAGAAUAUCUACAGACCAGGUGCAAAUUUUGAAGGAGAACUACGGUAUAAAAGAUUCUGCCUCAUCCGAGAAGGUGAAAAAGUUAUACCAUGAGCUCAACUUGAAGCAGGUGUACAAGAACUUCGAAGAGCAAAGUUACAAGGACAUUGUAGAACUUAUAUCGCAGAAAUCUGCCAACCUGCCUGAAGGAUUGUUUCUAGAAUUUGUGAAGAAAAUCUACAAGCGGGAUAAAUGAGCAGCUUUGACCCAAACUAGAGUUAGCGUUAUUGCAUCUCCUAGAGAUGAGGGCUUUGAAUUAGUUUACAAAAACGGAAAUAAAAACAAAGUUAAAAUACUCAA